AUGCCUCACCUACCAUACAAUCGCCCUGAUCCUUUAGGCAUAGAACUGCAAGGCAGAAGCCAUCGUGAGGUUGGCGACAUCGGCCCCAGACACCUAAAGUUGGAAAUUCUAAACAAACCAAGCUUCGAUAAACCAUUCUCGGAGAUAUUCCUGACCGAGAGCGAGCGUCCACCUUCAUGGAUGGACCCAUUUAUCGACUACCUCUCUAAGGGCAACGAGCCCCAGGACAAGUGGGGCCUAGACUUCAUAGGCAAGUUCCCAUCAGCACCGGGACAGCUCAAAUUUGCCAUCGUCGUAGUGGACUACAACACCAAGUGGGUUGAGGCCGAGGCUCUAGCCACAACGGGCUCUAGCCACAAUCACGGUUGCCAAGCUAUCGAGAUUUUCUUUCGGAAAGAUGAUGUUGAUUUAAAUCUACUCCCGUGCUUCGACACCAAGGUCGCCAGGUCCGACGGCUUCAGCUUCGGGAUCGCCUUCGCCUCCCGUUACGGCGCUAACUCCACCUCCCAGUUGUCUCCGUGCGACACUAGACUCUCGCCCUCUCUGUCAAAUCCUCAAUGUUGGCUUGUUUUGAAUUCCAUCGAUUCAUUGUGGUUUGUGAUUUUGAAUUUGCAGGAUAAUUAUGGGGGAUAUAUGGUUGCUUUUGCUGGGCAUAAAUAUGCUGCAAGGUCUACUGCGGCUUUUGUUGCCAAUAGUACCUACACUGUCACCAGCUUUACUCUUGUGCUUGAGUUCACCAAGGGCAGGCAGCAGCACCUGCAUUGGAAAAGGGAUGGGUGCGUCAAAUGUUCUGGGAGCUCCAGCUUUGUUUGCCUGCACAAUCGGGACUGUGCAAUCAAGACAAAUAGCUGCAAAACCCAUGGAGGCACUGUGGAUUGCAGCCUCAGGAUCCAAUUGGCAUUUUCUGGGAUGGAUAAGCACCUAUCCGUUUUGAACUCAUGGUAUGAAGCACAGAACCUUGGUCAGUACUCCCUUUAUGGUCUGUAUUCAAAUCUGAAGGAUUCUCUCACUAGGCAGUAUAACAAGUUUUUCUGA